ACCAAACUCACCGGCCAGAUUGCCAUUUCACACUCUACCACGGACUUUGGUUCGAGCGGGAUGAUCCCCCGUUUGUCCGUUGGUUCCUUUUGAAAUUCAAACCUUCAUUGCCCACUCAUUUCAUUUGCCACAAAACCCAGCAUCCAAAGAGAACUCCACUGAAUCACUGAUCUCUGGCUCUUUCUUUCAUUCUGACUUCAGCAAUUUCUUCUCUUUCUUCUGUUUUCUUUUUUAAUAUUUUUCAUGGUCAUUAGCCGCUGUCUCCUCUCCAUCUUCAUAUUGAUUGCACCACCUUCUCUUUCUCAGCAAGCUUUGGUCUUUGAGCUUUUGGGAGCUCAGUUUGCCCGGGAUCACAAGGUUCGUGAACUCUUGUUCUGCUUAAGCAAAGACCUUUCCACUAAAUCUAAUGGGUGCUUCGGGGAAAUGGGUGAAGUCUCUCAUAGGUCUCAAAAAGCCCGAGAAAGAAGACCAUGAGAAGGGAGGUGGUAAGAGCAAGAAAUGGAAGCUAUGGAGGAGUUCUUCUGGGGACUUAGGGUCUUCGUGGAAGGGUUUCAAAGGAAACCACAAAGCGGCUUCUGAGGGUUCUGAUUCUCCUCCGGUGGCUGAUGCUUUUAUGGCUGCGGUGGCCACACUUGUUCGUGCGCCUCCUAAGGAUUUUAGGGCUGUAAGGCAAGAAUGGGCGGCCAUACGGAUCCAAACUGCUUUUCGUGGCUUCUUGGCAAGAAGGGCUUUGAGGGCCUUGAAAGGAGUGGUGAGGCUUCAAGCUUUAGUUCGGGGUCGGCAGGUGAGGAAGCAAGCCGCAGUGACACUGAGGUGCAUGCAGGCCCUGGUUCGAGUUCAGGCCCGAGUUAGGGCUCGUCAUGUCCGAAUGUCCAUAGAGGGGCAGGCUGUGCAGGAAAUUCUCAAUGAGCACCGCAGCAAGGCUGAUCUCCUGAAACAAGCUGAGGAAGGAUGGUGUGAUAGCCAAGGAACAUUGGAAGAUGUUAAGGCAAAGUUACAAAUGAGACAAAGAGGUGCAAUCAGGAGGGAGAGAGCAAUUGCAUACUCUCUUGCUCAAAAGGAAUGGAGUUCAAACCCCAAUUUGAAUUCCCAUUCAAGCGGUUCUAUGUGCUUUCUCAAAAAUCAUGAGAUUGACAAGAACGGCUGGGGAUGGAGCUGGUUAGAACGUUGGAUGGCAGCCAAGCCAUGGGAAACUAGAUUAAUGGAACAAUCGCACCCUGACCCCUCUGUGACAACUCCUCCUCCAAAGAGUUGCGGAGAUUCCCAUGUGGUCACUCAUUCGAAAUCUUCCAAACCAUGCUCUGUGAAAAUCAGAAAGAAUAAUGUCACCACCAGGAUUUCUGCAAAAACUCCCCAUAUUGGGCAAGUUACUCGCUCAUCUUCAAGCCCGAGUUCUGAAUUUCAUUAUGAUGAGAGCUCUGCUUCAUCUUCAAUCUGCACAUCGACAACACCAAUUUCUGGCAACACUGGAUUGACCUCAGAGAGAACUGAAGAUAGCAGCAACAGUAAGCCAAAUUACAUGAACCUGACUGAGUCAACGAAGGCAAAGCGGAAAACAAGCAGUCAUUCAUCUGAGAGAGUUCAAAGGCAGUCCAUGGAUGAAUUCCAAUUCCUUGAAAGGUCAGCAGCUUUCCCUAUUGUGGAUUCCAAAAGCAAUGCUGGUUCUGAGCUUUCUUCAGUUCACCUUUCCAAGCCACUUUACCUGCCAAGCCGAUCAGAUAAGCAUUCAUUGAGAUUAUUAAAGUGACAUACCUCCAUAAAUAGGGGGAUUCGUAGCUGUUGGUUCAAGAAGUUCAACAGCUUGUUGUUUCCUACCAAUUCUGUUUAUUUGAGAAUGUAUAUUCAAGUUAAAAGCCGUGCUGCUAUAACUGUUUUGUAUUGAAACACUCAACAAGCCCUUGAGGUUUGAUUUCAAAUGGUGCUUUGUUUAUAAAGUAGUUUGUUCAUUA